CCCCUGCCGUUUGGUAUCGCCCGGUCAGCUUCCUUUGUGCUAGCGAUCACGCGAGACGUGUGAGGCGCGUUUUUCCAGAUUUCUUGGGAGGAAUUUUGCCCGAAUUCUCACAUUUUCCUCAGAGUUUCCAACGCAGGACGCCACUAAGGGAAGGCAGAUCUCUCCGGGAUGACGCAGUACCUUCCGCCGAAUCUCCUGGCGCUUUUUGCGCCGCGAGAACCGAUCCCAUACCUCCCGCCUACAGACAAACUCCCAUGCGAGAAGAUUCGACGAGCCCCGUACGCUGGCGUCACUCCGCAUCUUCAGACGUUUGAGGACCCGAAGGACACCCCGCCACCCACCAGAGCAGAGACAAGACAGGAACGGUUGGAAAGAAAGAGAAAAGAGAAGCUAGAAGCCCAUGCCAACAGACUGGAAGAGAAGGUUUCUGAAUGGGACCCAGCAAAUGAUGCAAAUGCAUCAGGAGAUGCUUACAAGACCCUGUUUGUUGCCAGAAUUAAUUAUGACACAUCGGAGUCGAAGCUGCGGCGAGAGUUCGAGGUCUACGGGCCCAUCAGAUCGAUUAAGAUGACGAAAGAUGUGAACACAGGGAAGCCUCGUGGGUACGCUUUCAUUGAAUAUGAACAUGAGCGGGACAUGCACUCGGCCUACAAGCACGCGGACGGUAAGAAGAUUGAUGGUAGACGUGUUCUUGUGGAUGUGGAAAGGGGAAGAACGGUGAAAGGGUGGCGCCCGCGUCGUCUUGGUGGCGGAUUGGGCGGAACUCGCAAGGGAGGCCCGGAGGUCAACGUGAAGCACUCUGGCCGUGAGGAUCCCACGCGGGAGCAUAUCCGGGAGCGCGGCGAGAGACCGGAGCGUCCCGAGAGGCGUCGCAGCCGCGAGAGGAGCCGGGAUCGCGGAGAACGCCGCCGCAGCAGGGAUCGCAGCGAACGGGGCGAUCGCGGUGACAGGGCAGAGCGGGGAGACCGGCCCGAGCGCCACCGGAGCCGCGACACGAGCAAGGAGCCGCGCCGCCGCUCUCGCAGCCGGGACCGCGAACGCCGCCGGGAUCGUGACCGGAAGCGCGGUGGCGGCGGUGGGGAGGAAGAGAAGCCAGAGGGAGAGGAAGCAGGGGAGGUCAUGAAUGGCGAGGACGGCCAGGAGAAUGACGGAAUCAGCAGUGGUGGCGGCAAACGCGAGAGAGAACGAGACCGGGAUCGAGACAGAAAGGACCGCGAUCGCGACCGCAAGAAGAGCCGGCGCGACCGGGAUCGUGACCGUGACCGGCGGGAUCGCGACCGGGACAGGGAUCGCGACCGAGGACGGGACAAGAACCGGGACAGGGAUCGCGGCGGGGAUGCGGAUCGCGCUCCUGAGGAGGAGAGAGAGCAGGGUGAGUAUGGAGAGGUUGUGAUAAAGCAGGAGCCCAUCGAUCCGGAUGAGGUGCAGGAACAACAGGAGGAGCAGGUGGAGGGGAUCCCAGAGGAUAUCGCGUUUUACCCUCCCCCACCCCCUCCUGCCGAACCUGAGGACGGGGAAACGAUGGACUAUUAAUCCUCUAGAACUCUCUAACGUCUGUAAUAACCUUGGGCGUCACACAGUUGGCCCUCCUUUAGCAUGUUGAUAUUAAAUACUUUUAGGUUUUAAAGAAAUAGCAGGAUACUUGUAUUUGAGGUAAGGAAUUUUCCAUUUAAAAAGUUGUGUAAGAGGGUGGUCAAAGUAGUAUUACCAUAUAAAAAUCAGUGUCAAAAAAGUUGGAAUAGUAAAUCGGGUCACAAAUGUGGCCUUUCAUUUUGACAAACACACCAAUUAGGUUGAAAAUACAUUAGUAAGUGACCCCCUUUUCAAAACUUUUUACAUGGAAUAGUCCAGUAGAAACUUCACAGGAAUAUACUUCAAGAUCCCGUCAUGGAAGACUUGGUAAGUUGAUGUGCAUGUGACGUAAGUAUAGUCAAUAAGACCUGGAAAUAUGUGAUUCUCUGUAGAGUGUUGGUUAAAGCUCUACGUGUUUUUCUUUUCUUUUUCAUUUGUUCCAGACUUCAAAAGUUGUGAUUUUAAUGGACUUUGUGAGGGUACUAAUUGAAAAAAUAGGCACAACUUUUAUACUGCAGUCUUCGUCUUGUUCAAUGGGUUUAAUGUUAAAGAACAAACCUCAGAGGUUCUCCUGGAACAACUGUGGGGAGUUGCGUGAAAAUGUGGAGUUAAUCUUUUUAGUUUAUGAAUAAUGAUGUAGAUCUAGUAUCUUAAUUGAUUAAGUUCCUUUAAUUUUGAAUUGUACAAAUCAUUCUGUUGUCCACUGGAUGCUAAGUUCCCUCCCAUUUUCACACAAACACCUACAAAGUCCUACUGAUUCUUUUUCUGGUUCCACCACGGAUUCAUCCCUUGUACUGUAUAUCGGUGUAACCUGCCUGUACUGUUGGUAAGUUUGCAGGUAAGCCUCUUGUUAGGUAAGCCUUACGUAUAAAACUUCUAAAUGUAAAUACAACAUUGGAGGGGGGGGAGUAACUGGCGACAAGUAAAAUAUUGCAGUAUGUAAGACACUACAAGACAUUAUAGUAUACAUUAACACCUUACAGAUACAUGUUAAGAAGCAUCUUUCAAAGCAAAGCCAGAAUUGUUGUUCCUAACAUUGUUACUCAUCACUUGACACCCUUACAUCAGUAAGUCAAGUUGAUACAGCAAUAACAGAUAUAAGAGACCUACAUCAUUGUGAUGAUUACAGUUGUCUGCCAUUUAGCUAAAUGCCUCCAGUAAAGUUGGAAUGAAGGGGCAGACAGUACGGACAGGAAAGUCUCUUUUUGAUUUGCCUUUCGAAGUUGUUGAUGAUCAUGAUUGUACAGACCCGUAGAAGCAGUGCUGGUAGGUAUAGAUGGAAUUGCUGAAUGUUUAAACCAUGUACUGACUGAACCUGAUGGCCACGAAGUAAGUUUUUCCCCAAUAGCAGAAUAACAUGUACUGUUCACACUGGAAAAGUCUGCUAUUAAACAUUUUACACCCAUC